UUAUCAUGACAACAACAACAUAUCUUCAGAACGAGAAACCACAGUCGAUGACAAAGAUAACAAAGACGAGUGAUAAUCAAGAUUGUCAGUGGCACGCCCCUCGACGCCCAUCUGUGAUAGCGGCUCGGUGGUUCCCUCCAUCACAGCCACCAUCUCAACGAGCAGCGCCGCCAGGGGCUCUGUGCUACCGCUGCGGCCGCCACUGCACUAGAGCAAACACCUCAUAAAAAAAGAAAGACAGGAAAGACAAACGGUUUCCGAAGCCAAGAGACACUAACACGUGGGACACACCUCGGUUUGCCACUCGUCUCAUCUCGAGCCUGCCCAGGGAACUAGGAGAGCAAUGGGAGGCUGGACCAGGAAAGGGAGAAUCCUGCCGCUGGUGGUGAUGGUCCUGAUCAUGAGCGACUGUCACCUUCGAGCAGCAGCAGCAGGAACGAAGCUGGAGGCGUUGCAGGAGGUUCAGGACGCGCUGGAUCACGCUGACCAGUCUCUGAGCGACCUGAGAGACUUGGUCACCGGAAUCAUCUCCACGGAGGAAACAAACAUCACCACUGCUGCUACUUCUGCCUCGUCUCCACCACCCUCCACCACCAUCAUCACCACCUCCCCCACCAAACCCCCACCUACCACCACCACCACUACACCCAUCACCAUCACUAUUACACCCACCACCGCCACUGUUACUACCACUAAACCCACCACCACCACCACCACCAAACCCACCACCACCACCACCAAACUCACCACCACCACCACCCCUAAACCCACCACCACCACCACCACCACCACCACCACCACCACCACCACAACUACCACCAAACCCACUCCGAAACCCACCACCACCACCACCACCACCACAACCACCAAACCCACCCCGAAACCCACCACCACCACCACCACCAAACCCACCCCCAAACCCACCACCACCACCACCACCACCACCACCACCACCACCAAACCCACCCCCAAACCCACCACCACCACAACCACCAAACCCACCCCGAAACCCACCACCACCACCACCACCAAACCCACCCCCAAACCCACCACCACCACCACCACCACCACCACCACCACCACCACCACCAAACCCACCCCCAAACCCACCACCACCACCACCACCACCACCACCACAACCACCAAACCCACCCCGAAACCCACCACCACCACCACCACCAAACCCACCCCCAAACCCACCACCACCACCACCACCAAACCCACCCCCAAACCCACCACCACCACCACCACCACCACCACCACCACCACCAAACCCACCCCCAAACCCACCACCACCACCACCACCACCACCACAACCACUAAACCCACCCCGAAACCCACCACCACCACCACCACCAAACCCACCCCCAAACCCACCACCACCACCACCACCAAACCCACCCCCAAACCCACCACCACCACCACCACCACCACAACCACCAAACCCACCACCACCACCACCACCACCACCACAACCACCAAACCCACCCCGAAACCCACCCCCAAACCCACCACCACCACCACCACCACCACCACCAAACCUCCCACUAAACCCACCGCCAACACCUCCAAAAUGAUAAAUGACUUCGAUAAUGGCUUCAUGGUGGAUUGGGAUACAGAGACGCCGGCCCCGUGGUGGAUGAGAGUCAACUUGCAUCUACGAAACAUGGAGGAACUGACGGUAGCGAUCGGAGAAGGACGCACGGAUGUCAGCCACGCCCGUCUGCUGGAUGAGGAAGCCGCCGCUAUGGAUGACCUGGUGGAUGAUGGCGCGGAUGAUCCCUGCCUCGUGACGGAAGGGGAGGUGGACUACGAGCUUUACCAGUCUGUACAGAGCAGCCUGAAGAAUUCCUCCGAUCUCGUAGAUGAGCUGAUUGCUGAUGCUAAGGCUGACAAGGUGGAACUAAUAGUCACCCUCGUGCUGCUGUCCGUCUUCUUCGUCGUGGUGCUCACAGGCCUAAUAAUCGCUCUUAUUCGCCCAUGGGCAAAGCGAUCCGGCCUGAAACCCAACCGCAGUCAAAAGGCCGAGGGUAACGCUGUGGCCAAGGAUGAGGGACGAACCUUUCCUGAUGCCAUCUUCGUUCAACACUCGCACGUCAACAUGGACCCCUACAGCCAGCAUGACAGCAAGAUUUAGCACCACAGACGUCCCAGGCAUGGUGUUGGAGAUGACUGGUUGGAUGCGAUUCCGUGCUUCAGAGCCUUCUCAGUGUUAAGGAAGAAACGGUCCCUCCUUUUCCUCUUGAAUGGACGAUGGAGACGAAUUGAUCCAGCCUGGGUCAGAAUGCAAGACACAUAUUUGCAAUAUGUUUAACUGGAUCAGUGUACAUACAUAUAUAGCAUAAAUUAAUUGGAGUCAUAUUAAUUUCAUCUACUUGUAGUUCUCUUUGUUGAACAUAAAGUCUCCUAA